UUAACAUUGUUGAAUGAUCAUUUUCAUUUGAAAUUCUCGAGAAAAUGCCUCAUAUUUUUGGGAAUAUGGCCUACGGAUGGAGACACAAUUUGGGACAAGCUUUACCAUUGCUAUUUCUGGACAUCGUUCUCCUACUAUGUCCUUUACUCUUCGAGUGCUGGUCUCAAAGCCGUCAAAAUUUGGAGUGAUGACUAUUUAGUAACAGCUUCAAGUUUUGCAAUUAUGAUUGAAUAUCUAAGCAACGCUUACAAAGUUCUAAUAUUCAAAUCAGAAACAUUCAAAGACCUUAUUAUCUUCAUCGCCACUAAGGAGAAAGAGAUGUUCUCAACACGCAACCAGAAUAUUAUCAACAUGUACAAGAAAAAUACGAACUACACUAACAAGAUCGUGUAUGUCUACGUAACCAUUGGAACAGUAGGAAUAGUGGGAUUCUUUUUAAUUCCCCUGAUCAACAAUAUCGUUAUUCCCUUUGGAUAUAACAAUGUCACAGGCGUGAAGGAACACCAUUUUAUUAUGCACACUUGGUUUCCCUUUGACGCCAACAAAUAUUACUGGGUUACGUAUUUUGUUCAACUCACAGGAUGCUUUUAUGGAUAUGCGUAUAUAAUAUACUGCGGAGCAUUCUUUCUCACAGUCCUCACUUUCGUAACUUGUCAAUUGAAGAUCCUACAAUAUCUCUUAGAAAACUUUCAAUCAUACGCGGAAAAAAUGAAAGUACAAUUCUCAUUAACCAAGGAACAAUCUGAAACGGUUUUGGUAAAAAAGUUGAUUAUGGAUCAUAUGAAUUGUAUUAGUUUUGUACAUAAAUUAAAUGAUUCCGUGAAAAUGUUUAUGCUUAUGAAUUUCCUUAUAUCGUCAUUUCAACUUUCAUUGGUCAUCUAUGAAAUUUUCCUAAUACCACUAGUCAACAGAAUUCCAAUAUUCUUGUUUUUCGUUACAUUAAGUAUUCAGCUUUUUCUGAUUUACAACAGUGCUCACGAAAUAAAAAUACAGAAUGAAAACGUAGGAGUGGCAAUUUUUAAAAGCGAAUGGUAUGCUUUAAAUCCGAAAGUCGCAAAAGCAAUGCAAAUGAUGAUGGUCAGAGCCCAAAGACCUUUAGUGAUGACGAUUGGUCCCAUGGGGGAAGUAAAUGUAACAUCUCUAAUUCAAAUAUUCAAAGCAAUAUAUUCAUACGCAUGUUUAAUACUAAGACACUAAAUAUACAAAAAUAAAUACAUAUCUCACUUCUGUAGCAAAGUCAAGUAGAAUAGAAACC